AUUUUGUGAUCAUGUCAGUGUCAGUGCUUGCCAAAUUAUCAAGAAUUGAAAGCCAAAAUAUUUAUGUCAGUAUCCGAGGAAUUAUCAACAUUAUCAAGAAUUGAAAACCAAAAUAUUUAUGUCAGUAUCCGAGGAAUUAUCAACAUUAUCAAGAAUUGAAAGCCAAAAUAUUUAUAUUAUGUCAGUGUCCGAGGACAAACAUACAUGCGUCACAUUCAUUGUUUACAAUAGAUGUACGCAUGCAUAUAAUUAUAGGUGGAUUAAUGUAUAUAGCCCACCAGGGGGUCUGUUUGUCUCUGCUCUGUAUAUGGCAUCACUACCAUAGCAACCAUAUAUUGCACUGCAUUAUAUGGCACUAAUGCACUGCAGGGAUUAUAAUGCUUUUGGACUUAUGCCCCACUGUCCCACCCAAUAACUCAUUAAUUUGGGUCCCUUUUAUAGGCUACUAUACCCACUACCUUUUUCCAUUAGUUGUGGGAACGAAACCUAAGAAUUUACUCUGGAAUUCAUGUAUUCACUAAAAUUCACUCAAAACACAUGUCUUUUAUUAGGGAAAAAACUUGACCAAUCAGAAGAGUUUGACGAUAUUGGGCAACAACUUAGUUAUUGCAAGUGCCCUCUGCGGCCCUCGGGCAUUAUGUCAUCCAGUGCAAUAUACGGCAUGUUGCACUCGUGCUAGACAAUAACUAAUACAUAAAGCACUACAGCCACGUGGCCCGAGUACCAUAUUUUGUAUGCUCCAUGCAAGCUCUCUGCUGUAAUACUAAUCAUCAGAUCUAGCUUAUAGAGUGCAUGUCUAAUUAGCUUAUACACUGCUAUACAAUUUGCACAGCACUCCACCCGUUGUGAGACAUUCUAUAGAACCACUGCCUACGGGCUCUCUGCUGUAAUACUAAUCAUCAGUGCAUGUCUAAUUAGCACAUACACUAUGACACUACACAAUUUGCACAGCACUCCAGGACCACGGACCACGAUUGUGAGACAUUCUAUAGAACCACUGCAGACAGUUUAGCACUAUACUUCAGGGCUUUAUGUAAGUUAGACGUUGUUGAAAAGAUAAUUAUACAGUAGAACCUCCGUUAACAACCACCUCCGAAUAAAGGCCAGCUGCUAUAUAACGGCCAGGCACCCAGGUCCUAAAUGAACAGUUUGUGUACAAAACAACCUCUCAACAAAGGCCACCUCUGUAUAAAGCUUAAUUAAGGCCAAAACAUUGUUCCCCAAAGGUGUCUGCAUGUUAUAGAGAGGUUCCACUGUAUCUAUACAAUAAUGUGUGGCUUAUAAAACGUUCAGAUUUGUGAGGUUGAUAGAAGUAGCGAGAGUUAGUAUAUAAAUAGCAAUCCAACUGCAUGUACACAUACAUGCAUGGACAUAAUUAUUAUAUCAUACUACAGAAUGAGUUUCAAGCACCAUUUUUUCCUCUUUUUACUUUUGGGAAAUGUGUCUUUCGUGUGGAGCCAAACUCAGAAUGUGACCUUAUCAAGUGUUGGCAACAAAUUUGUAGUCGGUUUUCCCAGAAGUAAUGGUCAUGGAGAAAACCAGUUGUUUGUCGCAAACACUGGGUCGAUUAAUGUUAGUUUCACAGUCACACCAAUUAAUGUUAGUGGGAGCGUUUCAACUUCUUCAACUACAGUAGUAAACAUUCCAUCUAUUUUUGAGGUUUCUUCUAUCAAUGAAAGGAAUAAGGGAAUCCUUGUUGAAGCUGAUGAAAACGUCAAUGUGUAUGGGAUAUCUUUUGCCACUUCAGCUACUGCAGAUGCUUAUUUGGCAUUGCCAUGUAAUGAAAUGGUAGUGUAUGAAUACGAAUAUUAUGGAAUCUCAUAUAUUUCCCCUGGUAGUGACUUUCCUAGUGUGAUUUUGAUGGUGGCUUGUGAAAAUGAAACUGUUGUCAAUUUUGAAUACUCAACAAUAACACUCAAUAGUAUGGAAACGUAUCAGGUUGAAAGUGGUACUGAUCUGACAGGAACAAGAAUAACAAGUUCCAAACCCUUAUCUGUAUUUAGUGGAUCUGAUUGUGCUAAUGUUCCCCGAGAUGUAGACUUUUGUGACCAACUGGUUGAACAAGUGCCUCCAACUGUGACAUGGGGCUCAAAAUUCUUCGUAGCUUCUCUCGAGGGUAGAUCUACUGGUGAACGUAUUCGUGUUCUUAGUGCCCGAGCAGCAAAUGUAGCUGUGAACUGCAACACUGUGGUAUCUGUCAGGGAAUUCCAGUUGCAGAGUGGAGGGAGCUUCAGAGAAUUUGAAAUCCCUGUUAACAGUUUCUGUAGCAUUGAAUCCACUUCUCCAGUACUUGUUGCUCAGUAUGCAUAUGGUAGUCAGAGUGAGAGUAAAAGAUGUGGUGUGGGAGACCCAUUUAUGAUGAUAAUUCCUCCAAUUGAACAGUUUACAAACAACUAUUUAAUAGAGACAUUCGCUCGUUUAGAAUACAGCUAUGUCACUAUGUAUGUUGCUUCUGAGUUUUUUCAACCUGAACACAUUUUAUUGGACAAUUCUGUUGUUUCUGGUUGGCAUAAUGUUAGCUGUUUAAGUGGAGAGGUUUGCGGUUACGUAAGUAGAGUGAAUGUGUCCACUGGAGGCCAUUCUAUUCGCCAUCAAAACAGUUUAGCCGUUCUAGGCGUUUCAGUAUACGGAUUCGACUUGUGCAAUUCUUAUGGUUACCCUGGAGGCAUGAGGUUGUCUCCCAUACAAUGCAGCUGUGGUCCAAAUUCUACUUGUCUGAAUAACAUGAGGAACUUCAACUGCAAACAGUGCGUAGGCACCACUUGUUGCCCACCUGGUCGUGAUUCUAUCUGGGGUAUUGAAUGGCCUGAAACUGAGAGAAAUGCAUCGAUACAAAGAGAUUGUCCUAGGGAAGACAUUAGUGGACAAGCCACUCGCUACUGUAACAGUGAAGGUGUGUGGGCUGACCCUGAUGUCGUACAAUGUAAAAACAUUGAGUUUGUUAGCAUUCUUGAGCAGGUAACCAGUAUUUCAAGCCACGAGCUAGUAGAGCAAGCAGCUAAUCUCACCAUGCAACUGGCCGCCAUAACUAAGCCAAACAUAGUCUCAUUACUACCCUCUUCCCUGAACACAACCAACCAAGUACUCAGUUUGGUGAUCAGGGCCCUAGAGGAACAGUCAGAAAAUUCUACCACUGAUGCUAUUGAGCCAAUAGUGGAUGUACUUAGCAAUAUGCUUGAGGUGACCAACUAUCAAGGAUGGAAUGACCUGCAGUCUAGUGAUGCAGGUAGUCAAGUUUUGCUGGACAAUGCUGAGAGACUGGGUGUUCUGUUGGCUAGGUCACAGAACGCUAAUAAUGCAACCAUUGAGCCAGUUAGAGUGUCCAGGCCUAACAUUGCCAUUUCUUCAAAUGUGAUUGAUACUUCUAAGGCCUUCACAGAAGACAUAACUUUUCCUAAAAAAGAAGAUUUGGUCAAUUUCACAAACACAUCCAUUUCGGUGUCUGCCGCUAUUCGAACAACCUCAGCAUUUUUGACAGAAAUACAGAGUGAACGAAACAACACAGCUAUCCCAACUGUUUUCAUCAUUUUCCAAAAUCUGGGCUCGUUUUUGCCUACCCCCACUGGUGGUUUCAGUAACACCACCCAGGGGGCAUCAAUUGUCAUCUCAUCUCAGGUAGGGGAGCGGGGGAAUGGUCGACCCUCCCAGACACUCCAACAAUCCCCUUUGUCUCUCAACUUCACUUUCAAUAAAGUUGAAAAUUCCGAAAGUUAUCGCUGCGUGUUCUGGAACUUCUCUGAGCCAGUUGGCAAUGGUGGCUGGAUCAGUGAUGGCGUAUCAACUGUUGGCAAUGCUACUGAGGGAUCCACAACUACUGUUCAGUGUUCUAGUACUCAUCUCACUAGCUUUGCUGUCUUAGUGGAUCUGGGAGAUGGGUUGAAGAAUAUUUCUGAAGUAGAGAGCAUAAUUCUUGAUGUUGUUUCUUAUGCUGGCUGCUCUAUCUCUGUGCUCUGUCUGAUAGUAACCGUCGUCUUCUUCCUUGCUCAAGGGAGACAACUUUUCAACAAAAUCCACUAUUUUGUUCAUCUUAACCUCUCCAUUUCUCUGCUGUUGGCUUACUUUGUGUUCAGUGUUGGAAUUGAAACUGCAGUUGGAAAUACGGUUGGCUGUGCUUUUGUGACUGCCCUCCUUCACUAUCUGUUCUUGGCAGUGUUCUGUUGGAUGUUGUGUGAGGGAGUCAUGCUCUAUCUGAUGUUGGUGGCCGUGUUCAGUGCAGUAACAAAGAAAUGGUGGUUUUUUCUUAUGCUUGGAUACUUGCUUCCCCUGCCCUUUGUGUUGACCACUGUGGCUGUUAGGUGGUACUACUAUGGUGUGACGGAGACAAAAAAGUCAGAAUUUUGCUGGUUGACAACUAAGGAUGGGACAAUCUUUGGAUUUGUUGCUCCAAUGCUGGCAGUUCUUGUGAUCAACGUGGUCUUCCUGGGAUUCAUUCUGAGGGUGCUGUGGAAUGACAAAACAAGAGCUGCUAGCAAACAGAGUGAUGAGAAGAGAAAUGUGACGAAACUUGCCAAGUCACUACUGAAGGGCGUAGUUGUUCUCCUGCCACUACUUGGCCUCACUUGGGCAUUUGGACUGCUCACUCUUGUCAGCAACACUUCAGCUUUUGCUUGGAUCUUCACCAUCCUCAACUCAUUCCAGGGAGUGACUAUUUUGUUUUUUGAUGUUAUAAGGAAUGAUAAGGUAAGGGGAGAAAUCAAGAUCGGCUACUGGUAUAGAAAGUUUUGCCGUACCUCUGCAGUUUCAAGCGAUACAACAUCUGGAAUGCCUACCCUCGUAAGGCAAAGCUCAAAAGACACCAGCACGCUCAAAUCCACUCUCCCAAGAGCAGGAACGCUGCUCCUAUCUGAACAUUCGGAGCAGUCACAGUACUCUCAGCUUCCAAUAAUUAUGGAGGCUACUGGGGAUUCAAUGGACACUAAGGUCAAUCUUGAGCACAUUGUUGAGCAGGAUAGUGAUGCGGCUAACGAGGACCUCAAGACAGCAACUCUCAUUGAUGGAGAUACUGGUGAAAACUGAAUUAUAGUUAGACUGGCUUCAAAAAGAAAGUAUAAGAUCUAGUUGUUAGAUUUAGUCGUGUGCUGCAUGUUUUGUAGUUAAGUUUUGUUAGCCUGACUGAUAAAAUUAUGGUAAGGUCAUUGCAUGGGCCAGGAGUUCUUACCUAUACCUGCAUGAAGAUUGACGGGUAGUAAUUUUGCUCUGUUUUUUAGGGUACUCUAUAAUUUUGGCGGAUUAUUCAUUAGCACAAUAAAAAGUAGAUAGAAAAGGACAAC